CAUUAGUCCAUGGAGAAUGAGGUGCAGGGUUGUAAGAACUCUUCAUUGUGUGCAUCCCUAGUACUUAGUUUAGACGCAUGUUUUAUGAGUUCGUCCCCCGUCAACUGGAAACCUUCUUAAGCUCUGUGGAACGUGGGCCACAAGUGCACCACUCUGUGGUGGAAUAUUAACUAAAAGAGGAGCCUUCUUUAUAAAAGUUUUCAUUGCUGCGUCUUAAAAAAUACAAGACACAGAAGGACGGACUUGGCAACGCGUCAAUAUCGAUGUGACAAAAUAAGAUACUGCUUAGUCAAAGCUCUGCACAAAACACCGAAGAAAUGGGAAAGAAACUAUGUGGGACCAACUACCCCGUCAGCAUUGCCUUCAUUGUGGUGAAUGAGUUCUGUGAACGGUUCUCCUACUAUGGCAUGAAAGCUGUGUUGACCCUUUACUUUGUCAACUACCUGGACUGGAACAAGGACCUGUCCACAGCUGUCUACCAUGCCUUCUCUAGCUUGUGCUACUUCACCCCCUUGCUGGGGGCUCUUAUUGCUGACUCCUGGCUGGGAAAGUUCAAGACCAUCAUCUAUCUCUCCGUUGUCUAUGUCAUCGGCCAUGUAGUCAAGUCUGUGGGAGCCAUCCCUGACGUGGGAGACAAGACCAUACACAUAGUGUUGUCUAUGGUGGGCCUGGUCCUCAUUGCGUUUGGCACCGGUGGAAUCAAACCCUGUGUGGCAGCGUUUGGAGGGGACCAGUUUGACGAGGAGCAUACCAGUGAAAGGAGGAAAUUCUUCUCCAUUUUCUACAUGUCCAUCAACGCGGGUAGUGUCUUAUCUACAAUCAUCACGCCUAUUCUGAGAGGUGAUGUGCAGUGUUUUGGUCAAGACUGCUAUGCUCUUGCCUUUGGAGUGCCAGCUGUUUUAAUGGUCGUUGCCCUGGUCGUGUUCAUCUCUGGCAGUGGCAUGUAUAAGAAGAGUCCUCCUGAGGGGAAUGUCUUGUUAGACGUGUGUAAGUGUAUCGGGUUCGCCAUCAAGAGUCGCUGGAGGAGUUCCAAGGAAGACCCAAAGAGGAAGCACUGGCUCGACUGGGCUGAGAAGAAGUACUCAAAGCGUCUGAUCCAGGAGAUUAAGAUGGUUCUGAGGGUUCUAGUUCUCUACAUUCCUCUGCCUAUGUUCUGGGCUCUGUUUGACCAGCAGGGCUCCCGCUGGACCCUCCAAGCCACAAGGAUGAACAUGGCCUUUGGGGAAUCAUUCGUCCUGAAGCCUGAUCAAAUGCAGAUGUUAAAUGCCCUGCUCAUCCUGGUGUUCAUCCCAGUCUUCGACUUCAUGGUCUACCCUCUGAUAGGUCUCUGCAGAAUCAAACUCACACCUCUAAGGAAGAUGGCAGUUGGUAUGAUCUUUGCAGCCCUGGCCUUUGGGGCAGCUACUCUUGUGGAGGUGAAUGUUGUGAAAACCGUGGUGGAGCCUGCGCCUCGAGGGGAGUGUCUCCUGCAGGUGUAUAACCUGGCAGAGGGGGAGGUCAGCAUCAAAAUACCAGGGAAUGACCUAUUCCAACCACUCCCAUUCUAUGAGGACCCUGUAGGAUACCAGAGGGUUCCCCUGGGGGAGCACAGUAAGAAUCUCACUAUACAUAUCAAGCAAAACAAUGUCACGCAUGAGUGUACAAAGGCCUUUACAGAGGAGAAGGCUUACAGUCUGGUCCUGCACAGCAACCUCUCAGGAUUGGAGUGCAAACUAGUGACCGAUCAUAUUGAUAAAAACGAAAAUGGAAAUGCCUUUGUGAGGUUCAUCAAUACUCGGUCUGAAGAUGUGAACUUAACGGUGGGAGACCAGGACUUCUACGUCCCCUCUGACUACAGCAUAUCCGCUAUCAAGACUGUGGACAGAAAAGAGUACACUGAUGUCAAGUGUAAAUCUGGCUCCGAGGAGUUCACCAUCAAUCUGGGGCUGCUGGACUUUGGUGCCUCCUACACUGUCAUUCUGAAAGGGGGUGUGGACGAAAUAGUGACCCAGAAGAUGGAGGACGUUCAGGCUAACGAUGUCCACAUCGCUUGGCAGAUCCCCCAGUAUGUUCUUAUCACAGCUGGAGAGGUCAUGUUCUCCAUCACAGGCCUGGAGUUCUCCUACUCACAGGCUCCAGCCAACAUGAAGUCUGUACUGCAAGCUGGUUGGCUGAUGACUGUGGCUUUUGGGAAUGUCAUUGUGCUGAUUGUGGCAGAGGGAGCAGGCCUUGAACAGUGGGUGGAGUUCCUGCUAUUUGGUGGCCUGCUGGUGGCAGUCUGUAUAAUCUUCUCUAUCAUGGCCUAUUUCUACACCUACGUAGACCCGAAUCAGUUGGACAAGCUGUUCCAUGAAGACAAAGGGUACAACCAUGAUGAUGGUGACUUGAAGAAGGACAAGGAAAAUGAAAACAUACAAUUACAGCAAAGCACAAAAAUGUAGCAUGGUGACACUAUACAGUUGAUCUCUCCAGCCUUACAAAAGAUGUACUGAUUUGGGGAACCCUUUUUAAAACUUAAUGAACCAGAAAUUUGACAACUGGAUAUCUUCCAUGCUGAGUAUGACAUUAGCAUAUUAAGUGUCUGAGUGUGUCUGUGUGUCCUACUGUAACUAACCAACCUUAAAAUCCAAUCUACCCCUUAAAUCCAAACAAGGUCUCAAAUCACAAAUCUUCUCCAGAAAGAAUUGUUAGUUCGGUUAACCUGAGUAUCCACAUAAAUCUUUUAACGUAAACUUAAACGUAGUAAUAUACCAUCCUAUAUUUUAGGGGCCAUUUUAAAAACCUUACAAUGGACCCAAGAGAACACAAUGCGACAACUAAGACCCCGCUAUGAGGGAUUUAAGUUUACUGAGAAACAUAUUUUUGUAUUCUGUAAAUAAAUUGUGUACACGUCUGUUA